CACCAUCACUUUUCUCUUUCUGUCAUCUCCCUCUUAUAUUUAAGUUUUUGAACACUAGUGAUUUUGAUUCCAUUUUUCCUCUCUUAAUUACUCAUCUCAUCACAUUCUCCUUACAUUUCCAGUUUCUCUUUUUCAGCACCUCUACCUAAAAUGAAGAUUCUUGUUUUGAAACUAAAUCUAGAAGAAGACAGAGACAAAAGAAGGGCUCUCAAAACUGUGGCUACUCUUUCAGGAAUCGACGAGAUCACCAUCGACAUGAAGGGAAAGACGAUAAUGGUGGUCGGGACAGUUGAUCCGGUGAGAGUGGUAAGCAAGCUGCGCAAGAAAAACUGGGAAGUCGGCAUCGUCUCUGUCGGCCAGCCCAAGGAGCCCGAGAAGAAGGAGGAGGCCAAGAAAGACGAGGCGAAGAAGGAGGAGGAGGGCAAAAAAGAGGAGCCCGGGAAAGAAGGCGAAAAGAAGGAGGAGGCCAAGAAAGACGAGGAGAAGAAGGCGGAACCCGAGCCCGUUGUCGGAACGGUGAUGCCGUUUCGACAGUUUUAUCCGCCGACCAACACAUACUAUUAUGCUAAUCACAGCAUGGAAGAGAAUCCAAAUGCAUGUGUGAUCUCUUAAGUGAAUUUGCCCUGUUUUCCCUUCUUGAAAAAACAGAGCAACUCUGUUUAUAAAUUUGUAAGGGUGUAAUAGUCAUUUCUUGGAUUUUGUCAUGUGUGUAUAAAAUUGUAACAAUGUUUUUUCCUGAAUUAUAAAAAUUGAUUAUUAUCAUGCACAUAAUUUCUUUGGAGUGCUC